CUUCUGUCUUCAUCGAUCUUGAAUCUGUCUCUCUCAAGAUGGCGCCAGAAAACUCCGGCAAGAACAAUCUAGCCGCAAAAGCGGCCUCCAGUCAACUUGUCUUCUUCGGAACUAUCCUCACCAACAUGAAGAACAAACCCGAGGUUGAUUGGGACUUGGUGGCAGCAAAGACAAACUACAAAUCGGGUGCUAUAGCUCGAAUCAGAUUCAAUACAAUCAUCCGAAACAUCAACAACACCAAGAGAGAUGCAGCUCCACCAAAAUCAUCACAACCGAGACUUCCACCAAAGAAUUCUUUGCCAGAUGACUCCCCGCCACAGAUGUUUAAACCGAGAAAACGUUUACCUUCAUCUCCCACCUCUUCAGCUCCCAGGUCUUCACCUACCGAAUCUUCACCUACCGAGUCUUCUUCUGCCAAGUCCCCACUUGUCAAUUCUUCACCCGCCAAGGUUUCACCUGCCAGAUCACCAAAGUCCAAGGCUCAACCGCCAUCCGAGGAAUACAACCAAAAAUUCGUCUCGCCCUACAAGAUCAUCAAGACAAAGCCUUCUGGAAGGAAGUUGACGCCUAAGAAGCUCAAGCAAGAAGCUGAAAGGGUCUUGUUUGAAGACGCCACAUUGCCCAAGGGAAACUUGGUUGCGAAGGAGGAGCCUGAGGAGGAUAUUGUUUUCAAGGUCGAACUCAUGGAUGAGGAUGACUGA